UUACUCCCGCCGUCUAGUAUUUGUGUGGCUAUAACGUUUCAGUAGCUUCUGGCGAACAAUCCAGUUUCGUUUGUUUGGUAAGAAGAUCUCCAACCAUGUAUCUUCAGUGUUACAUCAAUGAAAAUGGUGACAAAGUUUACACUACUAAGAAAGAAUCACCACUUGGGCUGGCAACACAAUCUGCUCAUCCAGCUCGCUUCUCCCCUGAUGACAAGUUCUCAAGGCAAAGAGUUCUUUUGAAGAAGCGUUUUGGGUUGCUGCCAACCCAGAAGCCACCACCGAAAUACUGAGUAUUUUCCAUGCUUUCAACUGUUCUUGGUAUCUUUCGAUCCGAAAACCCUCCAGAGUGUAAUGAAGGAUCUAGAAGGUAUUUAGAUGGAACGAAGGAUGGUAUGACUGGUCAUUUUGAUGUGGUUAUCAAUUAAAAAAUUUUAAGCUGAUAUAAAUGGUAUUUAGAUGGA